CUUUGCCAGCGGCCCGCCAAAAAGAGUAACUAAAUCCACUAAAGUCUUAAUUCAUUAAAUUGGCCUCGAGACCUCGCCUUCAACUCCACACAAUCUCUGUAGUCUCGUCUAUUUCUCCUGAGCUAAUGCCAUGCCUCUGACAGAUUAUACACAAGAGAAAGAAAAAAUUCUCAAAUUUUUAACCGAGUAUUACUCUGAUAAUGAUGGUGACGAAGGAAAGAUUUAUGUUUAUGCUGAACAACUGACUAACCUAGCCCAUAGGGAACAAGUUGAAAUUGUCAUUGAUUUAGAUGAUGUGGAAGAGUUUGAUGCAGAACUAACUGCCAAUAUAAUAGGCAAUACAAGACGUUAUACUCAGAUAUUUUCUGAGUGCAUUGCAGACCUUCUUCCACAAUACAAGCAAAGAGAGGUUACUGCUAAAGACUCACUGGAUGUCUACAUUGAACAUCGACUGAUACUACGCCAGCAGCAUCACGGAGACCAGCAAACACGAGACCCACGAAAUAUUUAUCCUCCUGAUUUAAUUCGUAGAUUUGAGGUGGUAUUCAAAAACAAAUCUCGUGAGAGACAUCUUUCUGUUCGUGAAGUUAAAGCUGAACUCAUUGGCAAACUAGUCAAUGUGAGGGGCAUUGUAACCAGGACCACUGAAGUGAAACCAGUAAUGGUAGUAGCCACUUAUACCUGUGACCAAUGUGGAGCUGAGAGUUAUCAACCGAUUUCAUCUCCAAACUUUCUCCCACUAGUAAUGUGUCCUAGUGAUGAAUGUGUGAGAAACAGGUCUGGAGGUAGGUUGUACUUGCAGACACGUGGGUCUAGGUUCAUGAAGUAUCAGGAGAUUAAAAUACAAGAAUGUAAUGAUCAAGUACCUGUUGGUAACAUUCCUCGCUCGAUGACUGUUAUUGCCAGAGGAGAAGUAACUCGUCUUGCAUCACCCGGUGACCAUGUUAUGAUUACAGGAGUUUAUCUACCAAUGAUGAAGUCUGGCUUUAAGCAGCUUACCUCAGGACUUUUGUCCGAGACCUUCCUGGAAGCUCAUCGUAUUUCUAAAGUAAAGAAGAUUGAUGAGGAGGAAGAAGAAGAGUUGUCUGAUGACGAAAUAUCUCAACUAGCACAAGAGGAUGACUUUUAUGAAAAACUCUCUUCAUCACUGGCUCCUGAGAUAUAUGGACAUGAAGAUAUUAAAAAAGCACUUUUACUUCUUCUUGUGGGUGGAGUGGACUGCACUCCUCAUGGAAUGAAAAUAAGAGGUAAUAUACACAUUUGUUUGAUGGGUGACCCUGGAGUGGCAAAGAGUCAGUUACUUGGAUAUAUUGAUCGUAUUGCUCCUAGAAGUCAAUAUACUACUGGACGUGGAAGCUCUGGGGUUGGUUUGACAGCUGCAGUUAUGAAAGACCCCAUAACAGGAGAAAUGACAUUAGAGGGUGGUGCUCUUGUAUUGGCUGAUGAAGGAGUUUGCUGUAUAGAUGAGUUUGAUAAAAUGUUGGACAUAGAUAGGACAGCAAUUCAUGAAGUGAUGGAGCAACAGACUAUUUCUAUUGCUAAAGCCGGAAUCAUGACAACUCUUAAUGCUAGAGUGUCAAUCCUUGCUGCUGCCAAUCCUGCAUAUGGACGCUACAACAUUAAGAAAUCUGCUGAAGCUAAUAUUCAACUGCCAGCUGCCCUUCUAUCUCGUUUUGACUUAUUGUGGUUAAUCAGAGAUAAAUGUGACUCUGAGAAUGACCUAAGGCUUGCCCAACAUGUAACUUAUGUUCAUCAACAUUCAACACAACCUCCUUCACAAUUUAUUCCUCUUAGUACUAAGAAAAUGACCCGAUACAUUGCUGCAUGCAAAAUGAAACAGCCAGUUAUUCCUGAAGGUCUUACUGAGUAUAUUGUUGGAUGCUAUGUUGAUAUGAGAAGAGAAGCAAAGAAUAAUAAAGGCAAUCAAACGACUUUCACUUCAGCGAGGACAUUGCUAGCUUUGUUGCGAUUAUCCACAGCCUUGGCUCGUUUGCGUCUUGCUGAAGUUGUUGAGAAAGAUGAUGUGAAUGAAGCUAUGAGGUUGAUGGAAAUGUCCAAGCAGUCUCUAUUUAGUGAGGAAGAGUUUUCUGGCAAGAGCAGUCGACCGAUCGAUGCUAUAUAUUCUAUUGUGAGAGAAAUGGCUGAUCCUGAUACUGUCAGGUUUGAUGAAGCAAGGCAGCACAUAUUAGCACGUGGUUAUACUCCGGAUCAGUUUGAGGAAUGUCUUCAAGAGUAUGAGCGUCUCAAUGUGUGGCAGGUCAAUCACAGUCGCACUAGAAUAACUUUUGUCUAGAUACCUCACAUACUCUUAUAGCAACACAUAAUAUUAUUAUUUUAAAAGUAACAUGUUUCACAACACACAUACACACUAACACACAUAUAAAAGUAUUCUGUUACUCUUUAUUGUCCAAGUGACAAAGUUUUUGGCAGUUCAACAAUAA